CAGGACUUGUGCAGAAAAGCAAAAGUGUGUGUUGUCAUGUGCAGGAGGAGCGAUGCUCACUGUGGUCUGGGUCAGCUGAUGUUUUGCAGACCAGUGGGUCCAGGCUGGUCAAAUGCCUCCCCCGGUCGGGACAGUGCAACCCAAACUUCAGUGUGAAACCAUGAAGACCUGCGAGUAUCAACAAAUCGACCCCCGAGCUCUUCCCACUCCGACACCGGCCCCUCCGCCUCCUCCUCCCGGCCACAGCGACCAGAGAGAGGAGCCGAGAGGACCGAGGAGAAAGUGGCAAGUUUUCCCAGGAAAGAAUCGUUUCUACUGCGACGGGAGGAUCAUAGUGGCCCGGCAGAGCGGGGUCCUGCCCCUCACCCUGGGCCUUAUUCUCAUCACAAGUGGAUUAUUCUUUAUAUUUGACUGUCCCUUCCUGGUCAAACACCUGACCAGCUGCAUACCUGUUAUUGGAGGAGGCCUCUUUGUAUUUGUGGUCAUCACGUUGCUCCAGACCAGCCUCACUGACCCUGGCAUCCUGCCCAGAGCAACACCAGAUGAGGCUGCAGACAUUGAAAAACAGAUUGACAACACUGGAAACACCAGCUAUCGGCCUCCACCACGCACCAAGGAAGUCCUCAUCAACCAGCAGGUGGUGAAGCUCAAGUACUGCUUCACCUGCAAGAUGUUCCGGCCUCCGCGAACCUCCCACUGUAGCCUGUGUGACAACUGUGUGGAGCGCUUCGACCAUCACUGCCCUUGGGUGGGGAACUGUGUGGGAAAACGGAACUACCGUUUCUUCUACACCUUCAUCGUGUCGCUCUCCUUCCUGACGGCGUUCAUCUUCGGCUGUGUGACCACACAUCUAGCGCUGAGUAAGUGGGCUCAAGGUGGAAAAGGGCUGGUGUUUGCUCUGCAAGAGAGUCCAGGAAGUGCAGUGGAGCUGGUGAUAUGUUUCUUCUCAGUCUGGUCCAUCUUAGGCCUUUCAGGCUUCCAUACAUACCUGGUAGCUUCCAACCUGACCACUAAUGAAGAUAUUAAAGGCUCAUGGUCAGGAAAGAGUGGAGAAGACGUCACCAACCCAUACAGUCAUAAAAACAUUUUUAUCAACUGUUGUUCUGUGCUCUGUGGACCCAUGCCACCCAGCUUGAUCGACAGACGAGGUUUCCUGCCCGCGGAUGAAUCUGUCCAGACAGCGGGUGUGGACAUUGAGCUGCCCACUCUGGCCACUAAAAGCGAGAUAAACGUGUGCACACAGGGAACUAAAGGUCUGCUAGAGUCGGCCACUCUCCCUCCGCUCCUCUCCACCUCGUGUCCUCAGGGGAAACCUCCCUCAGCUUAUACCUGCCCAGACAACGGCCCGGCGGUGAACUCUGACCCUUCACCGGAGCUCUCCACGAGCUGUGGGGCCCGCCACACUGCUAGCACCCACGGCGAUACCUCUACACCACGUCACAGCAAGACCAGGUCAAAGAAAAGCAAGCGAGCGGCUUUGCACAUUCCCAACCCUUCCUUCGACGUCCCCGUUUCCCCUACCUCUCCGGAUGCUGGCCCCAGCUCCGAAGCCAGGGGCCACGAAGGUGCCAGCUUCGCCUCUUUGCACUGA